CGCAAGACAAGAUUGGGACAGAAGGUGGUUGGUGGUUGUGCUGGAAGGGAGAAAAAUGGGUCAGGUUCUGUGAUAAUUCGGUUUUUUUCUUAUUUAUGUACAUGUAGUGAAACUCAACUCUUGUGUGCAAAAUUUGCGAAUUUGCAAAAACCAUGCAAUCUUAACGCCAAAUAUUUUAAUCUUAACGAAAUUACGACAAAUAUUUUAACACAUACUUAAGAAACGUAUUAAUUGUUACAAGUUAUAUUUAUUUUCGUUUGUUAGAAAAAAUUUAGCAGAUUAAUUAUGAAUUUAGUCACCACGUGUUUUACUCGUAAGCAUGCUCAACUCGUUGUCUGAAUAAUUUGCGAAUUUGCCAAAAUUAUACGUACAAUCUCAAGCCGAAAAUUUUUCUAUGAAUAAAGAAGGCAAACUAUUUCAAUGCACAUUGUGCAUUGAAAUGCACUAUUGUGCACGUGUGAAUUAAUUAAAGUCCCAAAUAUAAAAUUGGCAAUGUCAUGCAAAAAAUUAAUACUUUUUUUAACAAGUGUUUUACCCAGUCUGCUGUGAUAUUUACAUAUCAACUUGGCGUCAAAAUGUUGUUGUGAUAUUAGUGCUAAAUUUUGCAAAAAUUAAUUGCAAACAUGCCAAAUUCGGCGCCGGCAACGGCAUCCUUUUUGUCCUCGGAGGAAGGAGUGAUGCCGAUGACGAAGGUGAAACGUGAGGAGGACUUAUUUCCCCCCGUCAUUAAAGUCGAUCCCAUGCUCGCAAAGUAUUUCGAACCGGAAAAGGUAUCGAUCCAAUUUGUGCGAAAUUGUGGAAUUCUGUUGGAAGAAAACGAACCCGAGGAUGGUAACCGUCGGCAGAAAAGUCUUUCUCGGAAAGAUUCCAUGUUCAUGCAGUACAAAAUCCCGGUCGAAAUUCGAAAGAAUUCCCGCUCCCACUCCAGCAAAGAGGGGUGGCGGAAAUUUGGCGGGAUUAUUUUCGGCGUAACGUCCUCCCUCUGCUUCUCCCUAACACUUCUUUUGGCUAAAGUUCUCCGGGAACAACACGACUACCACCCGCUCUGUAUCACUUUGUGGCGCUACGUCGGAAUUUUGGCGCCGGCCGUGCCAAUUUCCAUGUAUUUUCAUUGCUUCACGGCUGAACCGGUUUUUGACGCUGUUUGGCCGCUCAACAAUGUCAAAAAUUUGAGACAUACUUUAGUCUAUGCGAUGCAAGGAAUUUGUGGCUGUUCCGCGAUAAUUUUCCGCUUUUACUCUCUGGAAUUUAUCACCCUGGCUGACGCGACGGUCGUGUCCUUCUCCUCGCCCGUCCUCGUCGCCGUGCUCGCGCAUAUUUUUCUUGGCGAAAAGUGUGGCGUCGUCUCCAUCGUGGUCGCCGUCCUCGCCGCGCUAGGCGUCGUCGUCAUCGCGCGACCACCCCUCUUAACAAAUGCCAUCUUUGACACGUCGGAUGACGCCAAGGUCUGGAUCGGGGUCGUGCUGGCCUUGGCAUCCAUGGCGUGCCAUUCCGGGUUGCUCAUUUUGAUCCGAAAUAUCCGACAGACCCACUUUUCCCUCAUGCUCCUCGUCGGGGGCGGUUGGGGGGUCGGCCAGAGUGGAAUCCUUGGCUUGAGUUUGAACCUCCUUAAAGCCCCGGAAACCACAUGGGUCGCAUUUUUGAUCGGAUUUUUGUGCGUGCUAACAUUUUUGGGACAGAUUUGCAUAAUUUUGGCACUCAAAUACGAAAAUGCCGGACCAGUCGCGGUGAUUCGGAGUAGCGAGGUCAUUUUCGCGUACCUUUGGCAACUCCAAUUCUUUGGGAUAUAUCCGGAUAUAUUUUCGAUGGCCGGGGCAUCGAUAAUAAUAUUUUCCGUGGUCGUCAUAGCAACCAAGUCGUGGGUUGCGGGUCUAAAUUCGGACAACGUGCAUCGCAAGAGGCUCCACAUUCUCACAAAAUAAUUAAUCUACUCAUUUUAUGGUCAGUUUAUGUAAACGAAUUAAUUUUAAUAUCACGAAUUAAAAGUCAUACAUACAUAAGUAACCUUUUGAACUAUCAAUGUACUUACGUACCUCAAAUUAUAAGGUUACAAAUUCCACACAAGACGUGCAAUAAAAGUCACGAAUCCUUAAUUAAACUAGUUUUCUACAAGUUAAAUAUUCUUUAGGAAUCUCUCGUCGUUUAUUUUUUUGAGUCACAAAUCCUCCUAUUUUUAUUUGUCUGUGUAAAUUUUCAAAAACUUUCAAAACUUUUUUCAAAAAGUUUUCUGUGAAAUUUGUUCAAUAUUUCUGUAAGAAAGUGUAUUAAUUUAAGGAAAUAAGAAUGUAAAAUUAUUUAUAUAUUUAAAAUAUGAGCCUUUCUCUUCCAAAAAAAAUUUGUCAAUUUCAGUUUUGUUUGGCUGUUGAGAUGGUAAAAUUUUAAUUCUUGCUAAAAAAAGGCAAAUCUAUUUAUCGAGCUGGACUCUGUGAUCUUGCUUUUAUUUAAUAAUUCAAUUUAAGUACAUGUUCAAUUGGGCUAUUUACUGUGAUUAAUUUAAAAAUAAAUGUUGUAUUUAUCAAUAAAUAAGUUAGAUAUGA